GAUACGACCGGCAACCACCCACGACGACGACGACAAUCUCCCGGCUUUGAUCCCUAUCCGUCACAAUGGCGAUCAAGCACAACAACCAGAUUCUCAACCAGCACUUCCACAAGGACUGGCAGCGUCGUGUCCGCGUGCACUUCGACCAGCCUGGCCGCAAGCACCGCCGUCGUGAGGCUCGUCUCGCUAAGGCCGCCGCCGUUGCUCCUCGUCCGGUUGACAAGCUGCGCCCCGUUGUGCGCUGCCCUACCGUCAAAUACAACCGCCGUGUUCGUGCUGGCCGUGGUUUCACCCUUGCUGAGCUGAAGGAAGCCGGUAUCCCCAAGAAGCUGGCUCCCACCGUCGGUAUCUCCGUUGACCACCGCCGUGUCAACUACUCCAAGGAGUCCCUCGUCGCCAAUGUCGCCCGCCUCAAGGACUACAAGGCUCGCCUGAUCCUCUUCCCCCGCAAGAGCGGUCAGUUCAAGAAGCUCGACUCUUCCGCCGAGGAGGUCAACGCCGCCAAGGCUGCCUUCGCUGAGGGCAAGACCGAGGGCUUCGUCACCCGCGUCAACCCCACCCUCCCCAUCAAGAACGUCUCCGCCGCCGAGGCCGUCACCGAGGUCAAGCGCGACGACCUCCCCAAGGGUGAGGAGGCUGCCUACCGCCGCCUCCGCGAGGCCCGCUCCGAGGCCCGCUACAAGGGUGCCCGCGAGAAGCGUGCUAAGGCCAAGGCUGAUGAGGAGUCUGCUGCCAAGAAAUAAAUGUGAUUCACUACUAAUGAUGAUCGGGUCGAUUUUCAAGUCGGGGAUUAUUAGUCUACUGUGGCAUGGCGUGGCUCCUCUUUUUCCUCUCUUACCUUUGUCCUUAACUUAAAAAGCUUCCCAAACACCUCGAAAUGCAAAUGUCCCAAGUUCAUGUCCCACCACUACGACUUUCGAUUUUUGUCCAUGGUCUUCCCCGGACUUCGGUUCUGUCAUCAAAGUUUUUUUCCGUCUAUCACCAGAAAUCACACCAAGACCUUGCAGAUACCCCCC